UGGAAUCAAAAAAGUAUCAUACAACAAUUAAUAGAUGAUGUUUCAUUAUUUUCAGUUUCAUAUUUGGUAGGUAAAUACAAAUUAUUUGUAUAUGAUAUUGGUAGUUCAUCACGUAAAGAUUGGUAUAAUACUGG